AUGUCCAAGAUAUGGUUGCCCUUGGUUCGUCGGUACUCCACACAGCCUUCAAGUCCAGUUGUAGGCAUUUUAGGCUCUGGUCCAGCGGCUUUCUAUACAGCCCAUCGGCUCUUUCGGAAUGAUCCCUCUAUUAAGAUCGAUAUGUACGAGGCAACCCCCGUCCCAUUUGGCUUGGUCCGGUACGGUGUGGCUCCCGACCAUCCUGAAGUCAAGCAAGUGGAACAUAAGUUUACUGAAAUCGCAAACAACAAUCAGUUUCGUUUUCUGGGAAAUAUUCAUGUCGGCAAAGAUCUUCCUCUCUCUACCCUUUCCCAACAUUACGACGCUCUUGUGUAUGCUUAUGGCGCACCAUCCGAUAAACUCCUCAAUAUUCCCGGUGAACACCUACGCGGUGUCUACAGCGCUCGCCAAGUAGUCGGCUGGUACAAUAGCGAUCCUCGGCAUCAAAAUGUUGGACUGUCUCUUUCCCGUCUCAAAGAUCUCGUCGUCAUCGGUCAAGGUAAUGUUUCUCUCGAUAUUGCCAGAAUUAUGCUUAGCAAACCCGAACAACUAUCUCCGACCGAUAUCAAUCCCCUCUUUUUGCAGCAGCUUUGCGAAAGUACCCUUCAGCGAUUGCACAUCGUUGGUCGAAGAGACCUGUCAUCUGUUUCCUUCACUAUAAAGGAGCUUCGUGAGCUUUUCUCUCUUUCCUCUGCCACGUUUUUAGCUCCAGAGUAUACCUCCUCUCUUCAAUUCCUCUCAGAAGAGGCUCUCAGUACUUUCGAUCGUGCUCGUAAGCGCUUGAUCAAACUUAUACAAUCCAAGAUCCAAGCCGCUCAGCAAAAUCCUCCCACCUCCCCCUCUCAGAAAAAUCCAUCAAACUUUUGGGGGCUUGAGUUUGGUCUUACGCCUGUUGAAAUUCUGGGUCGAAAUGGCCAGGUCGAAAAAGUCAGGUUUCAAAAGACCGAGACCGUCCGCAAUGACACGACUUCUUCAAGUGAUUUCGUCGAAAUUCCCGCUCAAGCUGUCGUCCGAAGCAUAGGAUACAAGAGUGUUCCCAUACCUGGUAUGCAAGAACUUGGUAUUCCUUUUGACAUGACUCGUGGAGUCAUACUCAAUGAUGAUGGACACAUCGGUCCUGGUAUGUACGCCAGCGGCUGGGUGAAGAAUGGUCCGGUAGGUGUGAUUGCUUCCACGAUGAUGGAUUCAUUUUCUACCGCUGAUAAACUGUACAAAGACUGGCUUGCGCGAGAGCCUUUCUUAAAAGGCACAAAAGCCGGUUGGGACGGUAUCCGACCCAUUGUGAAAACUCCAGUGGUUACAUGGAAAGAUUGGGAAGCUAUUAAAAAUCACGAAAUUGAAAAUGGUUUGCAGCAUGAGUCUGUUAGUGAAAAGUUUCGAACGUGGGAUGAUGCUCUACGUGUUUUACACAAAUAA